AUUUUUAGUUUUGUGGAGGAUCUAUGUAAAUGAAGGAUUUGUGAUGUUGCUCGAAAAGAUAUCUGGGAAUUUUUCUCCUUUCUACAACAACCAAUAAAAUCUGCAAACAUUUUAUACCUGAGGAAAAUGUAUGAAAUAUCAAAACGGUGGUCAUCACCAACAGUGUAUCGGAUCGUACUUGACGAACAAUUACGUGAACGUUUUUGUGAACGUCUCAAGCAACAGUUGAUUGAUCCUAUCCAACCACGUUAUCCUGUUCAUCCAUUGUCUAGUAAAGAAAGGAAUAGUGCCGUGUUGAUACCAUUAGUGUAUAUUGAUAGAUCACCGUCAGUAAUAUUCACCCAUCGAUCAUUGCUAUUAGCUGGCCAUCGGGGUGAGGUAAGCUUUCCAGGUGGACGCUUGGAGCAAGGCGAAACUCAUGAAGAGGCAGCAUUACGUGAAACUGCUGAAGAGAUUGGCUUAUAUUCCUGUCAAAUUGAAGUUUGGGGUCGUUUAAAACAUGUAACAACACGCUUUAUGAGUACUGUAACACCAGUUGUUGGUUUGGUACAAGAAACUACCGAUUUUAGUACAAUUAGAGCAAAACGUGACGAAGUUCAAACUGUCUUCGCUGCUCCAAUUGAAGAGCUUUGCACCAGUCAUCGCUACACACAUUUCAGAAGAGGUGAUAUACAAUACAAGUUACCGGUUUUCUUCACUUCACAUCAUUAUAUUCUUGCUACAAACGUAGCACCGCAAAACGAAUAUCGUAUUUGGGGUUUAACUGCCGGAAUGCUUCAUCUUGCACUGCUUAAUUUGUUCCCGAAAUUUUAUCAAUCAAAAAUCUAAAUUGCUCUAUUUCACCGGAAAAUUGUCAUUCGUGAAUCCGUUGUAUUACUUCAAUAAUAGCUCCCUAAACUCGAUCACAAGUGCUUUUUUUCUAACUUUUCAUCAGUCUUCGAGCUGUAGUUUUAGUAAGUUUUUG